AUGUUGAUUCUCUUCUGCAUCAAUGCAUUCAGUUCGUGGUUCGCAGGAAAGAUGGCGGCUAUGGUGGGGGAGGGCGUGUUCGCUCACACUUAAGUCUUGCAAUGCUGCAGCAGUUUCAAUAAGUAGUUGUGAAAUCUAGCGCCUGCGUUUUUCUAACAGUGAAGCUUUCGUGACGUGAAUCUCAGAUUCCGACGGGAUUUCUCAAGCUAAUUCGAUUCCGUUAAUCUGAGGUAUCAAAACCUUUCAGUUUAGGCCUUAUUGGUCUGGUGUUGAUAAACCCGUUUAUCUGGAUUUUUCAAAUCUAUGCAUUCUACUUAAUUGAUCGCACGAAAUCGAAUUUCACAGCUGCCUCGAAACGAGUACCAAGGGUGCUGCUUCCAUCCUUGCAUGGACUCGGGGUCUCCGCCACAGACAUGAUGGCCAAUGCGCUGUGUCAGAGAUCGGCUUCAAAUUCUCUCCUGCCCAUUUUCACCAUAACCAAGCCCUUAACCUCCCCGUCAUAUUUCCCUCAGCUCGCAUGUCGCGCAACUUUAGAGUCCUUUUCAAGCGCUUACACUCAAAGAGCUCUCGAGAAUGACUUGACAAACUCUUUCUGUUCUUUGAAGUUGCAAAGAAGGAGUCCCCAUUUGUAUGGGCGAGAUUCGGUAACAACAAUUCAUGCGCAGUCGGUAUCCGCGGAAGCAAUUGAUGAAGCAUCCGAAGAUUCGAUUAAAAUUAUCGUAGACACUUCAACAGAUCAAAAAGCGACAACUAUUGAGAUUGUUGCUCCAAAUUGGCCUGGUCUCUUAGCGUCGAUCACAGAUAAGUUCAAGGCGCUCGAGCUGCAAGUAGCCAAAGCUUCUGUUGACCUGAAGGAUGGCAAUGUCUUCUACAAGUUCUCUAUUCAAGAUCAAGAUGGUAAUGCAAUUGUGGAUGCUGAGUACCUUGGGAACGUUGAGAAAGUCUUAAGGAGAGUUCUGAAUCCGGCCUUGUGGUCCGACCUUGGCAAGAAUGUCAACCUCAGCCCCAAUGUUGGCGAUCCGGAAACUCAACGGCGUAGGCGGCUUCUUUGGCUCAUGGAUCAGUAUCUGAAGAAUGACGUUCCAAGCAUUCAGAAGAGUAUCGUGGACCAUGUCGAAUACACUAUUGCGCGUUCUCGUUUCAAAUUUGAUGAUUUUGAAGCUUACAAGGCUACUGCUAACAGCGUGAGGGAUAGGCUCCUUGAAAGCUGGAAUGAUAACCAACAAUAUUAUCGUGACAAUGAUUCCAAGCGAGUUUAUUAUCUUUCUAUGGAGUUCCUUAUGGGGCGUUCGUUGCUGAAUAGUAUAUUUAAUCUGGGCAUUAAGGGCGAAUAUGCUCAAGCCCUGUCGGAACUGGGAUAUGAUCUGGAAGUUAUUGUUGAGCAGGAGAGAGAUGCUGCAUUGGGGAACGGGGGUCUUGGCCGUCUUGCAGCCUGUUUUAUGGACUCAUUGGCCACCAUGAACUACUCUGCCUGGGGGUAUGGUUUACGUUACCAGUAUGGUUUGUUCAGGCAGCAAUUGCAGGAUGGUUAUCAGCACGAGCAACCAGACUAUUGGCUCAAUUUCGGUAACCCGUGGGAGAUUGAACGAGUUCAUGUCACCUAUCCCGUGAAGUUUUUUGGAAAAGUUGAGGAGGAUUGGGUGGAUGGUCGGAAGCUUAUCAAGUGGGUACCUGAUGAACUGGUGGAAGCUGUGGCCUACGACAACCCAAUUCCUGGUUACAAGACGAGCAACACCAUCAACCUGCGGCUCUGGGCCGCUAAACCCAGUGGAGAAUUCGAUUUGCAAUCGUUUAAUACGGGGGAUUACGUGAAUGCAAUUUUGAGCAAGCAACGUGCAGAGACGAUCAGCAGCGUUCUUUAUCCAGAUGAUCGAACAUACCAGGGCAAGGAACUGCGAUUGAAGCAGCAAUAUUUUUUUGUUUCAGCAACUCUGCAAGAUAUUAUUCGUCGCUUCAAAGAUAAUCAUUCCUCUUUUGACGAUUUUCCAGAAAAGGUAGCUAUACAGUUGAACGAUACCCAUCCAACAAUCGGGGUUCCAGAAAUGAUGCGUUUGCUCGUAGAUGUUGAGUCACUAGAGUGGGGAAAGGCCUGGGACAUCACUACGAGAGUUUUCUCUGUUACUAUUCAUUCAGUACUCCCGGAAAUGUUGGAGAAAUGGCCGAUUGAACUCAUACAAGCUCUACUUCCACGGCAUAUUCAGAUAAUCUACAAAAUAAAUACGAUUUUCCUGGAGGAGGUGAAGAGUAAGUUUGGUAACGACUACGACCGUUUGGCUCGCAUGUCGAUUGUUGACGAUGGAGAGAAGAAGGUUAUUAAAAUGGCUUCUCUUGCGUUAGUAGCUUCCCACACCGUCAAUGGUGUGGCCUGGUCCCACACCGAGCUUUUGAAGGGAUCGGUGUUCAAGGAUUUCUAUGACUUGUGGCCUCACAAGUUUCGAAACAAGACAAAUGGAGUCACUCAGCGACGCUGGUUGGCAUUCUCCAAUCCUGGAUUACGUGAAGUUCUCACGAAAUGGUUGGGGACCGAGUCUUGGAUAACGAAUCUUGAAUUGCUCACUGGUCUUCGACAAUAUGCCAGUGAUACCACUUUGCAUAAAGAGUGGAAUCUGGUGCGGCGCCAUAACAAGGCACGCUUAGCCUUGUACAUUGAAGCAAUCAGUGGUGUCAAGGUUAGCAUCGAUGCCAUGUUCGAUGUCCAAGUCAAGCGAAUUCAUGAAUACAAGCGCCAACUUCUGAAUGUACUCAGCAUCAUCCACCGAUACGAUUGCAUUAAGAAUAUGACUCCCGAGGAAAAGAAGAAGGUAGUUCCUCGUGUCUGUAUCAUUGGUGGGAAGGCGGCACCUGGUUAUGAGAUUGCGAAGAAGAUCAUCAAGCUUGUGACCACUAUAGGUGAACGAAUCAAUGACGACAGUGAUAUUGGCAAUCUUCUGAAAGUGAUAUUUAUUCCAGAUUAUAAUGUUUCUCUCGCGGAACUUGUCAUACCAGCAAGUGAUUUGUCACAGCAUAUCAGCACGGUAGGAAAUGAGGCAUCUGGUACCAGUAACAUGAAAUUUGCAAUGAAUGGUUGCCUUUUAUUGGCUGCAAGAGGAGGUUCUAAUGAUGAGAUUCAACAGGAAAUUGGUGACGAGAAUAUUUUUAUGUUUGGUGCUAAAGCCGAUGAAUUAGGUCGAUUACGUGCAGAACGACGCAAUUUCAUUCCACCACGGGAUUUUCACCGUGUUACUGGAAUGAUCCGUAGUGGUGAAUUUGGCCACAAAGAGUACUUUCAGGAGCUUUGUGAUACAGUCGAUGGUGGCGAUGAUUUUUACCUUGUUGGUAAUGAUUUUGCCAGCUACUUAGAGGCCCAGGCCAGAGUUGACAAGACAUUUGUAGAUCGCGCACGAUGGACACAGAUGAGUAUCAUGAGUACUGCCGGAUCGGGCAAGUUUAGUAGUGAUCGCACUAUUCAAGAAUAUGCUCAGGAUAUAUGGGGCAUUCAACCUGUUGAACGCUUCUGAUGGUUCUCGAUUUUAUUCAUCCUUCAAUCCAUGUAGCUUAAAGCACUUGAUUCUCGAGUGUGUCUGAGCAAAGAAAAUGAUUCAAGUAGUAAGCUUUUCUAGCAAUCCCAACCAUCUGUUCUGGAGCCUGCUUAAAUGUGAAGGUCUCUGUUCAAGACUUCAAGUGUUGGCAUCGAAGUGGAAUAAUUCUAAUCAAUGUCAUAAAUUCCUCCUCGAGUUGACUGCGUUUGAAAGGCA